CUCUAGCAACGCCACGAGACAGUCAUUAUCCAGAAAUGCGAUUUGUAAGUGCUUAUGUGAUUAUGUGUUUAUGUGGAGUAAAUUACAGUUGUCCAUCGUGUUAGCACGCGAGUGAAAUAGCUUCGACACCUUUGAUAAUGUGCUAAUAUCUUUGUUACCUUCACUAGGAUGCCUAGACGAGGAAGUAGUGAUUUCCCUCCUUCCACACGGGAAGAGUUGCGGAAACAGUUUGUGGAGUUACGCCAAGGUACUACACCUUUGGUACAGUUUGAAGCAUGGUUUACUAGCCUGUCGAGAUUUGCCCCAGAGUUAGUGGAGACGGAGGAACUGCGUUGUUCAGAGAUUGAGAGUAGGCUGUGUGACGACAUCUGAGAAAGGAUUGCUGGGUCUUGGCAUAGGAGUUAUAGUGUGCUUGUUAAGGCGACAGCUCAUGUAGAGGCAGCGAUGCUAGCUAUGAGACAAAAUAAGGAGGAGGCCAUUUCGGCGCCUCCUGUAACUCAGAGAGUUGGUAGGCCUUUUAAGAGGCAGAAGGGUUUUAACCCACAACAAUUUCAGAGAGCUCAGUCUGGCUUUACCUUUCCAGUGCCGAGUCUAGGCUCGGGAAAGGGUAAGCGAAGGGAUGUCACUUGUUUCAAAUGUGGUCAGCUGGGCCACAAGUCUCC